AUGUCUUACUGGCGUGGAGACGACGAUCCCUACGCACGUCAGCGCUCGCCGCCCGCAAGCCGCUACGACUACCGCGCUGAGCCGCCUUCUAGGUCGCCCGAUUACACUCGCGGCGCCGCGCCUGAGCGAGGAGCCCCAGUCUAUGGCCGAGGAGCCCGCUCACCAUCGCCAUACGCUGGCUACGAUCGCUACCGAACAUCGCGCUCUCCCUACUCAUCCCGCUACCCAGCUGCUCCAGUAGACCGCGAUCCAUAUGACCGCUACGACCGGUACGAUCGCGAGCGCGAAGUCGUCGGAGGAGCACCCCCACCUCGUGGCUAUGGCGAUUACGACCGCGAGCGCGAGCGCGAUCGAGACCGCUAUGCGGCGCCGGAGGAGCGCUAUCAAAGGCGUCCGCCCCCGGCAAGCGGCGAAGAGUACUAUGGUGGCGGAGGGCGUGAUCGCGAGCCUCCGCCUCGCCGUCGUCCCCCGGUCGAGGAAGUCGGUCCCAUUCCCGACCCACUCGAGUCUCCUGCCCUCCUCCCCUUCAAGCAAUUUGCCCACGUCCAUCGCGCCCGCCAGGCAGCGCUCAAUCCUUCGAGUUCCUCGUCGGACCUCUCGACGCAGGAGAUGUUCAAUCUCUACAAGCAGUACAAGAUAGUUUACACCGCGCGCUCCGCAAGGAGGUUUUGGGAGGAAAAGAGGGACCUGCCCUUCUUCCUGGAAAAAUACGGGCUGGGAGACGUGGAGGUCGAGCGAAGGCAGUCUCGCAGGCGCCAAGGCAGGCAUGGCCGCAAGCAGAAGUGGUUGGAGGAGCUCAGCAGCGGCGCCAUUGAUGGGGUGGCCUUCGAGCAGCAUUUUCCCUCCAUCGCGGAGAGCAAGGCAGCCGGUGCCGGGUCGCAAGACUCGACCAUCUUCUCGCGCUCUGGCGAGCCCAUCAAAUUGACAUCCGACGCACUUCCCAUCGACCCGUGCCCCGAGCAGCUCCUCGUCAUGCGCAUCCCACCAGAAUGCAGUCGUGGUGCCAUCGAGGAGGAGCUGGCCACGAUGGACGGCUUCCGCUAUCUGGCCCUGGGCGAAGCACACGCGAAUAAAGCCUACUUCGCCAUCGGUUGGGCGCAAUUUGAGACGGAUCAGAAUGCGGCCGACGCUCGGCAGAAGAUGAUGGAUAGCAACGUGGUGCAGCGCUAUAAGUUGCAGCUUGACCUUGCGCUUCGCGGCGUCCAGGUCAAGUUCCGCAGCGCUCCCUCUGGUGCUGGGAGGUUGCAGAGGCUGGCAACGGAUUUGCGGCAGGCGAAGGAGCUCGUGCGCUGGCUCGAGGCCGAAGAUAGAGAGCAGCUCUGGCCUACAGGCGAGGAAAGUCCCCCGCUCGAUGAGGCUGGUCGCUCCGCAAAUGCCACAGACGCUUCGGCAGAGAUCGGACGGAAGGUCUUUGAAGCGAUGGGCAUGACGCGCUACUACGAGGCCGACGGCUCAGAGCUGGAAGAUGAUGUCUUGCGCUCAAUUGCGGAUAAUGAGCGUCUGCUCGACUCAGAGAGUUUCAAAGCCGCAGUGCGCAGCACGAUCAAGAAGCAGCUUGACCUGCAUUUGGAUCUGCUUCGCGAGGUGUACCAUUGCGACUACUACUCGUCAACCAUCUGUGAUUUCAGCGAGGAGCUGGUCCGCAGAGCGAGGGCGCACUACAGGCGGAUGUACCCUGCUGGCGAAUCAGAGGCAGAGCGUGAGGGCAGGCAAGAAGCCGGAGGAGGGACGGAGGAGUCGCUGAACGUAGGCGAAGAGCAGUGGGCGGAAAAUUUGGAUCGAAAGCACGCUCUCCUCCUCUCUCUGCCCAGCUCGGACAUAGCAGAGCACGGUGGUGUCGACCUGGACAAGUUGAUGCUCGAUCUCGCGACGCCCUUUGCCCGUCAAGACGGAGAAGAGAAGCAUCGCUGUGUUGUCCAAGUGGUCAAUCCUGCGCACGAGAAGGCCCUUGCUGAGGGCAUGGCGGCCGACGAGCCCGGGGUGCCUCCGCCAACGAAGACGUGCGACAAGCUUUUCAGGGCGCUUGUAUUCGUUCAGAAGCAUGUAUGCAACAAGCAUAGGGACAUCAUCGAGGGAGAGCUGGGUGAGGGCAGGAAGGCGGAUAUCAAGUACCUCAACAACUACAUUAGGGACCCGACGAGGAUCAUGCCUCCCCUCAGUGGGAGCUUGGUAGCAGCAGUAAACGAGCGCGAGGCUCGCGGAGCAGGCGGAAGACCCAACGGGCACGGACAUGGGUACAGCCAGUCACACAACUUCAUGGCAGCGACACAUAGCUGGGACGAUCCGGCGGGCCUGUCCGCAGGAGACGGCGGUCGCAUGGGGUUGAUUCGUAUGGGUCCCUCGACUGUCGUGCCAGGUGGUGGUGGUCGCAAGAGAAGGCGAUCCCACUCCCCUCCCCCAGGGCUGCAUCGUCGUGACUCCCGCCGGGGCGCCCCAGGCGGCCUGGAGGAUCGUAUGGCACCUCCUCCCUUGGGCGGCCCGCCUCCUAUCCACCUAGCGCCGGGGAUGGGAGCGCCCCCGCCUCUUCACCUCAGGCUCGGUGGGCUGGUAGAGAAUGGCGGAGGCAGCAAUGGAUUCGCAGACCCGGACGCGCCAGCACUACCUGCCGAGCCGCUCCCUCCUGCACCCAGACCACUCGACCCGCGAGCAGCGAGGGGGAGGGACAUGAGGAGCUAUCAAGACUUGGACACAUCGGGCGGUCCUGGCGCUGGAGGAGAUGGAGCAGGAGAGGUCAUGGAGCUGGAGUACUGA